AUGCCUCACUUUAACCCUCUGGCUAACGUCACGGGGCGCAACGCCUAUACGCUCUUCGACAUUCGACUCGACAAUGACUUUAUUGUUUUUCGCGGCAACGACCACGAAUCCUCUGGGCAGUUGCUCAAGGGUACUCUUGUGCUAUGCCUACCAGCACCUCUCCGGAUCGAAGAUGUGCACCUGAGGCUGCUGGGGACAGAGCGGCUGAACUGGACCGAUGCGCGUAUCACGCCUACAGGCAUCUCGAAUCAGAAAGUCGAUCGCAACCAGACUUUCUAUGACCACAGGUGGCCAAAUUUCAUCGGGGGCAAGGGCAAGACAAUCGUGUUGGACAAGGGCAACUACGAAUGGCCCUUUGAGCUCAUGCUUCCCGGCGACUUCUGUGAGAGCAUCGAGGGCAUGCCGGAGGCCAGUAUUACGUACCACCUGAAGGCCACGGUUGCGCGAGGGAAGCUCGCAUACGACCUGCAUGCGAAGAAGAGGCUGCGUAUAAUACGGACGCUGGAGUCAUCGGCGCUGGAAUUUCUGCACGCUAUGAGUGUCGAAAAUAUAUGGCCAAACAAGGUGGAAUACAGCAUCGUUAUCCCCCAGAAGGCUGUCGUUUUCGGCUCCUCGAUCCCGCUCGAGACCAGGUUUACGCCACUACUCAAGGGCCUAAAGAUCGGCGAGAUCAACUGCAAAUUAAUGGAGGUCCACGAGAUCGUCCUGACGACUCCAACCGGGCACACCGUUCGUGAGCAUAAGAGAGAGCGCGAGGUGAAGCACUGGGCUCUCUCAAUCAACCACGACGAGCAUUGGAACGACAUGAUCGACGAUUCCGGGCAGGAAGGUUGGGUGCUGAACACGGACCUCGAUCUCCCCAAGAAGCUGGGCAAGUGCAUGCAAGACACCAAUGUGCACGGCAUCAAGAUUCGCCAUAAGCUCAAGCUGGUGGUCGCACUGCACAACCCGGACGGCCAUGUCUCAGAGCUCCGUGCGACACUACCUGUAACGAUAUUUAUCUCUCCCAACAUGCCCCUGGACGAGGAUGGCAACCUAGUUCGUCAGGCGCCGCACGAAACGGCAACGGUGCAACGCAUGGUUGGCAUUGCGCCCCCUGGUUACGGAGAACACAUCCUAGACCAGCUCUACGAUGAUGUGGACAUGAACGGCCUAAGCAGUGGGCUCCAGACGCCAGCAAUCCAAUCGGGAGUCAACACUCCGUUCUAUGCUCUCUCUAGGGCUGGUUCGGCUGAGAACCUGCAUCACAUGGGUGGGUACCAGGCAGUCCCUCCUGCGGCGCUUAGCUCGCGGCUGCAGGAUGUGUCUCUGGCUGCAGGAGACAGGAAUUCAUCGUACAACAGCCUGAACGGUGCAUCUUUGCGAGACGGUGCCACGACGCCACACUCUACACACGCUCCGACCGACAGCAACCACAAUUCGCCACCACACUCGGCUCCGCUCUCGAGAUCUCACAGUGGCGAGGACUACUCCGGCAUCAACACCCCGGAGCACCUUGAGUUUGAAGAGCUCAACAAGGUGCCGAGUUACUCAACCGCUGUGAAGACGCCAGUACGACCUUUGAGUACAAUGGAGGGAACGGCCCUACCCGACUACAAUAUGGCAGUCAGCGCACCGAACUCGCCUACCAUCACGACUGCGCACGUUUCGAACCCCCUCGACUCGAUCCCUGAAGUACGAACGUCCGACGCUGACCAGGCGCCUACGUCGCUAGGCUUCAGCAACCUGCUGCGUCACCACCACAACGACGGCAUUGAGGACGACGUGAGACGGAGGUUGCAUCUUCUGCAAGCUCGGGCCCAGACACCGUACUAG